UUCUGCACUAGUAGGGCCUGCGUAUGGUUACUUUUAUCCCCGGCACCAGUUCUGCGAAUGCUGUUGCAGUGUUGCGCAUCAGUGACUGACCCGAAAGCAGUUCCUUUGUUAGGGUUAUUGCAGAGGAAGAAAGUUGCUCUUGGUUCGAAAGCAAAUGUCGUCGGAGAUCCCCCUAUCAGGUGCCCAGCACCCACAAGUAGAGGAAGAGUCCUCGAAAUCAACCAGUAAGAAAGCCGCGAAAAAAGAAGCCGCCAAGCAGGAGAAGUUGCGCCGUCAGCAGGAAAGGGAGUUGGCCACAGCCACCUAUUCUAUAUCAGCCGAAGAUGAUAACGAUCCACUCGCUGCCAACUACGGCUAUGUCCCGCUCACCGACCUGCAGUCCAAAGAAGAGGUCAACAUUCGAAAAUGGACGGAGGUCGGCGCCCUUGUGGAACAACUUAAGGAUCAGCACGUGCUUAUUCGGGCCCGAGCCCAGACAAUCCGCCCCGUGAGCAAGAACAUAGCCUUUGUGGUCGUCAGAGAGAAAGGUUUAACUGUGCAGUGCGUUGUCACCGCACAGCCUGACGUGGUCAGCCGACAGAUGGUGAAGUUUGUGGCCAGCUUGAGCCGGGAGUCGAUCGUCAACGUCGAAGGAGUGGUCUCUGUCCCCAAUGAUCCAAUCAGGAGUACCACACAGCAGCAGGUAGAAGUUAAAGUCAGGAAAUUAUAUUGCAUUAACAAGGCUCUUCCAACCCUGCCUAUUAACAUUGAGGAUGCUGCACGAAGUGAAACUGAAAUAGAAAGGGCUUUGCAGGCUGGAGAACAACUUGUUCGUGUCAAUCAGGAUACACGCCUAAAUUAUAGAGUUCUUGAUAUGCGGACUCCUGCUAACCAAGGGAUUUUCCGUAUUCAGUCUCAAGUCGGCAAUAUCUUUAGGCAAUUCUUGCUAUCAGAAGGAUUUGUUGAAAUUCAUACACCUAAAUUGAUAGCAGGCUCUAGUGAAGGUGGUGCAUCAGUCUUUAAACUAGACUACAAAGGGAAACCCGCAUGCCUUGCACAAUCACCCCAGCUUCACAAGCAGAUGGCUAUUUGUGGUGAUUUUGGGCGUGUUUUCGAGAUAGGUCCUGUUUUCAGAGCAGAGGAUUCAUACACACACAGGCAUUUGUGCGAGUUCACAGGUCUUGAUGUUGAAAUGGAGAUAAAGAAUCACUACUCUGAGGUGAUGGAUAUGGUGGACCGUUUGUUUGUGACAAUGUUUGACGCUUUGAAUGAGAAUUGCAACAAGGAACUUGAAGCUGUAGGGAGGCAAUAUCCAUUUGAGCCGUUGAAGUACUUGAGACAAACUCUACGACUUCGAUUUGAAGAAGGGAUUCAAAUGCUCAAGGAUGCAGGUGUAGAAAUUGACCCGUAUGACGACCUAAACACUGAAGCAGAGAGAAAACUGGGACAGCUUGUUCUUGAGAAGUAUGGCACUGAGUUCUACAUACUUCACCGCUAUCCUUUGGCUGUCAGGCCAUUCUAUACAAUGCCUUGCUAUGAUGAUGUGAAGUACAGUAACUCAUUUGAUGUUUUUAUUCGAGGUGAGGAGAUAAUUUCAGGAGCUCAGCGUGUCCAUUUGCCAGAUUUCUUGACAGAGCGUGCACAGGCUUGUGAUAUUGAUGUCUCGACCAUAUCAACGUAUCUUGAUUCUUUCAGAUAUGGUGCACCGCCACAUGGUGGAUUUGGGGUAGGGUUGGAGCGUGUGGUGAUGCUAUUUUGUGGUUUGAAUAACAUCCGCAAGACAUCAUUAUUCCCCCGAGACCCACUUAGGAUUGCCCCAUGAUUGUUGUUCCAGCUCUUGGGUUCUACGUUCUUCAUUGAUAUUUUUUAUUUGAUGUUCAAAACUCAAAAAUCUCUGAUCCCGUAUCUUCAUUGAGAUUUUUUAUUUGACACCUUGCUCCUUGCGGCAGGUAGCUUUGAUUCUGUUAAUGUUUAUUUAUUUAUUUUGCAUGUAGUAGUCAAGUAGCAAUGUGUAUAAUUGAAACCAAAAUUGUAGUGUUAUGUA